GGCGGGAAGUGUUGCGCAGGCGCGUUUGGCAGAGUCGCUAGGACGUGCGCUCUCGAAGACGGCGACCCAGGCGUCUGGGGAGCCCCGGAAGUCGUAUUCCCUUAAACUCUGCUGGGCUCCCCCUGUGGACAUGACCCCGUAGCUGGCGUUUUGCACCCCAGUUGUUUUGUGAUGGAGGCGUCUUUGGGGAUUCAGGUGGACGAGCCUAUGGCUUUCUCUCCCCUGCGGGACCGGUUACAGGUGGACGGCUCUUUAAAAAAAUGUGAGCAGAAUUUUAAACUACCAGGUGUUAAAAAAGAUAUUGAGAAGCUUUAUGAAGCUGUACCACAGCUCCGUAAUGUGUUUAAGAUAAAGGACAAAAUUGGAGAAGGCACUUUCAGCACUGUUUAUUUGGCCACAGCACAGUUACAAGUAGGACCUGAAGAAAAAAUUGCUCUAAAACACUUAAUUCCAACAAGUCAUCCUAUAAGAAUUGCAGCUGAACUUCAGUGCCUAACGGUGGCUGGGGGGCAAGACAAUGUCAUGGGAGUUAAAUGCUGCUUUAGGAAAAAUGAUCAUGUGGUUAUUGCUAUGCCAUAUCUGGAGCAUGAAUCCUUUUUGGAUAUCUUGAAUUCCCUUUCCUUUCAAGAAGUACGGGAAUAUAUGUUCAAUCUGUUCAAAGCUUUGAAACGCAUUCAUCAGUUUGGUAUUGUUCACCGUGAUGUUAAGCCCAGCAAUUUUUUAUAUAAUAGGCGCCUGAAAAAAUAUGCCUUGGUAGACUUUGGUUUGGCCCAAGAAAAUAAAGUCCAUGCAAUCACCGGAAACAAGAUUUCAUUAGGUGGCUCCACAGCACCCAGGGAGCUGGAUGAGCAGCCCACCACAAAAACUUCUGUUAAAAGGCCCUACACACAUGCGCAGGUUCAGAUUAAACAAGGAAAAGAUGGAAAGGAUGGCUCUGUAGGCCUUUCUGUCCAGCGCUCUGUUUUUGGAGAAAGAAAUUUCAAUAUACACAGCUCCAUUUCACAUGAGAGCCCUACAGUGAAACCUGUGAAGCAGUCAAAGGCUGUGGAUGUAUUCUACAGAAAGUUAGCAACAAAAAAGAAGGCUGUUUCUGCCAAAGUUAUGAAUAGUGGUGUGAUGAAGAAAACUACCAGUUCUUGCCCAGUUAACCUGACCUGUGACUGUUAUGCAACAGAUAAAGUUUGCAGUAUUUGCCUUUCAAGGCGGCAACAGGUUGCCCCUAGGGCAGGUACACCAGGAUUCAGAGCGCCAGAGGUCUUGACAAAGUGCCCCAAUCAAACUACAGCUAUUGACAUGUGGUCUGCAGGUGUCAUAUUUAUUUCUUUGCUCAGUGGACGAUACCCAUUUUAUAAAGCAAGUGAUGAUUUAACUGCUUUGGCUCAAAUUAUGACAAUUCGUGGAUCCAGAGAAACUAUCCAGGCUGCUAAAACUUUUGGCAAAUCAAUAUUGUGUAGCAAAGAAGUCCCAGCACAAGACUUGAGAAAACUCUGUGAGAAGCUCAGAGGCUCAGAGGCUAGCACUCCCAAAUUAACAAGUGAUAUACAAGGGCCUGCUUCUCAUGAUCCAGCUUUUUCAGAGAAGACUGACCAUAAAGCUGCUCGCCUCAUACAAACACCUCAAGCACAGCACUCGGGGAACUUGUGUAAAGGGAACAGAAGUGGCUGUUGGGGGUGUUUGGAUGUGCACACUACCGAUCUAGAAGGCUGGGACGCGGUACCUGAUGAAGCUUAUGACCUGCUUGAUAGACUUCUGGAUCUAAACCCAGCUUCAAGGAUAACAGCAGAAGAAGCUUUGCUGCAUCCUUUUUUUAAAGAUCUGAGUUUAUGAUUACUUAGUUCUUCACUUACUAUUUGCUGUUAUGGAUUGUGAAGUGGGGUAGAAGAGUUCUUUGUAGAGCUGUAAGUUCUUGAUUAGAGACCAGGGCAGGAUGAAUAAUUUAUUUAAAAAUUUUAGUAUUUCCUCUCUAGAAAGAUUCUAAAAUAAGGAUUAAGAUUCUUAAAGGUGCCUGGGGUACUUUUUUGGACAAACAGCAUGAUCUUUUGAGUUGGAUCUCCCCCAGGAGAAUCAGUUUUUUUAGUUUCUGUAAUUGUCACUGACAUAUGCUGAAGGAGCAUAGUACUUGGCAGUUCAAGGUGCAAGUCUGAAAAUUGAUGGGUGUGUUAGGGAUUAAAUGGGCUUCUUCAUACUAUGAGCUUUGUGUACUUUUGGAAAACUUAACCUGGUACUGGUACUCUCUCCAUUCUGUAGGUUAAGACAAUUUCCUCCUCGAGGCAUAUAUUAUGUCUUUUAUGAACACUAAAAGAAGUAAUGAGAAAAUGUUUAAGGGAUAUAUCACUUAAAAUUGAAUUUAUCUGUUAAAAAAGUAUUCUGUGGAAGCAUUUAUUGUAUGAAUUGCCUUUU